AGUAUCAGUACACCUAUAUUGAAAUUCUGAUAAUUACGGAAAAUUAUCAUUACAUUCUUCAGCGUUCAGUGAUAGUUAUUUGCACGAAUAAGUAUUUUUUUAUAUUUGCCAGUUCUCCAAUACCGUAUUUGGUACCUGAGAGUUUAUAAGGCUGAUCUUCGGCCACUUGGAGCUUCGAUGUGCAACCGAUAACUUCUUUCCUGAACAAAAUUGUGAUUUGUGGGCUGUGAAACAUCAAUUUUAUUAGAAUAUUUUUUAGCAAAUGUGGUGAAACCGCUUUUAUUGUCUAUUUUUAAAGAUAGUUGUAAGUCAAAUUUUAUUGCAAGUGAUAAAAUCACUUCCUGUCUACCAACAUGAGGGCCAUUUGGUUUUUAGCCAAUAUUGUAAUAUUGGCUGCAAUUGGGGCGUCCUCAUUUGAAACUUUUGAAGGUUUGAUUCCCAGCCACGAUGGUUGUCCUUUAGACCACUUUAUGUGUGAUGAUGGAGAAUGCAUUCUGUUAGCUCAGCAUUGCGAUGAAAAAGAUGAUUGUUCAGACAGAAGUGAUGAAAAGAAUUGUGAGUUGGACUUCUGCAGGGGUCCGCAAUUCUUCGAGUGUGGGAACGGAAAUUGCAUAGAUGGCGACAUGGUAUGUAAUGACGUCAGAGAUUGUUUAGAUGGAUCUGAUGAGGAUGAACAAUUAUGUCACACCCAACACCAAGAACAUCAUAUUAAUUAUCCUGAAUGCGACAACGCAACCCAAUUCACGUGUGAUGAUAAGAUGUGUAUUCCGUGGGCUUGGGUCUGCGAUGGUGAGCCCAAUUGCCUGGAUGAUAGCGAUGAGAAAACUUCCCUAUGUCAGAAACACCACUGUUCAAGAGAAGAAUUCCAGUGUCGAGAUGGUCAUUGUAUUGAGGAGGAUUUCAAAUGCGAUGGAUCACCUGAUUGCAAAGAUGGAUCUGAUGAAGAAAACUGCCCGGUAGGAGUCUACUCGAUGGAUGACGAGUGUACACUGGACAAUGAGAGAUUCCCUUGCCAUGAUAGAACGCUGUGCAUUGACAUCUCGGCGCUUUGCAACAAUAAGAGAGAUUGCUUCGAUGGAUCGGAUGAAGGAGGGUUGUGCCAUGAAAAAAUUGAUUGUAAUGGCAAGGCCAACUGUAGCAUAGAACAGUGCUUCCAAUCCCCCUCGGGCCAGAUCUGUCUCUGCAACAAAGGAUAUAAACACGACAAUGGAGUCUGUGUUGACAUCGAUGAGUGCAAGGAAUUCGGAAUUUGCGAUCAGAAAUGCAGUAACCUGGUUGGUGGAUUCAGAUGCAGUUGUGACCCCGGGUAUGCACUGCAAAAGGAUGGACAUACUUGCAGGGCAGAAGGAGGCAAGGAACCACUGAUCUACUUCUCGCUGGGCAGAGAGAUCCGGGUUCGAUUCCUGAAGUCAGGCAUGUACCACGCGGUGGCUCGCAACCUGAGCCAGGCCAUAGGGGUGGAGGUGCAGGGGCACCAUGUCUACUGGACUAAUAUCUACGAGGGGGAUGAGAUGAUUGUCAGAGCUCAGCAGUUGGGGGCAGAGAGGAUGCCUAUUGUAACUGCAGGUCUGAGGGAGCCGGAAGAUUUGGCCGUUGACUGGGUGACGGGCAACAUCUACUUCACCGAUUCUGGCAUGAAGAUGAUUGGAGUCUGCUGCGCUGACGCAUCACACUGCGCCGUUCUGCACAAUAGCGACAUCAACAAUCCAAGAGGCAUUGCCCUGCUGCCAUACGAGGGAUACAUGUACUGGUCAGACUGGGGUAACAGGUCGGUGAUAGCUCGCUCAGGAAUGGACGGCUCCGAUGUAUUUGAGUUUGUCAGCGAAAAUCUUGGCUGGCCGAAUGGAAUCACCAUAGACCACGGCAAUCAACGCCUCUACUGGGUCGAUGCCAAAAUGACCACUAUUGAAUCAAUCAGGCUGGAUGGCACUGAUCGUAGGAAAGUUCUAGAGCGCGCAGUUGUGCAUCCCUACUCGAUAGCUGUUUUCGAAGACACGAUUUACUGGAGCGACUGGGAUUCCCUGAAAAUCGAGUCGGCCAACAAAUUCACCGGCAAAAAUCGGAAAACUGUCGUUCAGGACAAACACAGAAUCUACGGAAUCAAAGUCUACCAUCCUGCUAUGCACGAUAUAGAUCAAAUCAACUACUGUUUCGGCGCACCCUGCUCGGACCUCUGCCUGUUGGCUCCUGAACGAGUGGACUCGAGCUCCUCACCCUCACCAGCUGGCAACAGCCGACGCUACAGCUGCGCAUGCCCAGACGGCAAACAGCUGGCAGCCAACAAUCACAGCUGUAUUGAAACAGAGAAGAAGCAGGAGUUGGUCAUUGGCAACAGAGAUAGGCUGCUCAGUUACCAGCAUAAACAGCUGGGAAGGGUUCAUAUUGAGGAGUUGCCUCUAGAUCAGGGGAACGCGAUGAUUGGAGACAUAAGCGCUCUACAGUACAACUCUCAAGAUGGCAGCCUGAUAGUGGGCGACUCUUACAAUCGGAAAAUGUCUUCAGUUGAUCUGAAAACUCUACAGGCCAGAGAUAUUGUGACUACUGGCGUUGGACGGAUAGAAGGCAUCGCCUUCGACAACCUAGGCUCCAACAUCUACUGGACCGACUCAGAACUAGGCAAAGUGGAGGUGAUCAACACCAUCAAUCACCACCGAAAAACCAUCAUGAACCACCUACAGGGCGACAUACCACGUGGUAUAGCCGUCAUACCAUCAGAGGGCAUCAUGUAUGUCUCACUUACUUCCCCCACCACCGCUCACAUCGACAAACUAUCCAUGGCAAGUGGUGACGUCAUGUCCCGUACACAUAUCUUUGAGGAGAAUCUUCGAGGACCGUUUAUCCCCUUGUUUUAUGAUGGUAUGUUGCACCGUAUGUACUGGGCUGAUUCAGGGACUAGACGUAUAGAACAUACAAACUGGAACGGAGAGGAACGACACACCUAUUCCGAACUGAACAGCUCUCCAAUAUCUGUCACAUCUGUGGGGACUGAUAUCUUCUGGUCCACCCCCGGUUUCAAAAACGUCUACUACGCUAACAAACUGGAGUUUAAGGGUAGCAAGGUUUUGGACCUCUCAAACCUAGUUUACUCAAACUCCAAGAUCUUCAUCACCGCAGUUACUGGUCUAGAUUCCCAGCGAAACCACCCCUGCGCAGUGGAUAACGGGAAUUGUAGUCAUAUAUGUUUGGUGUCUCCGAAGAAAGAUAUUAUGAGGGAGUGUGCAUGUCCUGACGGGAUGUAUCUUAAGGAGGGUGGGAGAGAGUGCAGUGUGAGAGAGGCCUGUGAGAGGGGAGAGUUUGAGUGUGGAGAGAGCAGUGUGGCGGGGAUUGUGAGGCAUUGUAUCGCCGCGAAAAAGAAGUGUGACGGGAAUAAGGAUUGUCCCUUGGGGGAGGAUGAGGAUAGGAGUCUCUGUGGUCUCAAGGAUUUCAGUAAGUUGCACUGCCUGCCAGGGCAGUUCGCCUGUCUGGAUGGAAGCCGUUGUAUCCCGGAUGCCCUGCUCUGCAAUUGGCACGCGGACUGUGAUGACCACUCGGAUGAGACGCUCGGCUGCGAUUCGAGUCGAGCACCCGAGGAUGGCCGAGCGCAGCCGAACAUACCCGAAGUGUGCGAGUUCCGGUGCAGCACUAGCAAUGAGUGUGUUAGCGAGGCUCAGCGGUGUGAUUUGCAGCCUGACUGCAGCGACGGUUCAGACGAGCUAGGCUGUGACGCACACCUGUGCGACAAAACUGCACAGUUCCGAUGUCGGUCGGGAGCAUGUAUAGCCGCUGAGUUGGAGUGCAACGGGGAGAUGGACUGUCGUGAUGCGUCAGACGAACAUGCCAAAUGUAAUCAUGUCAGGACGUGCUCUCCUACUCAGAUCACUUGCAACAAUGGACAGUGCAUUGAUAAGGAGUUGAAAUGCAACGGCCGGAAUGACUGUGACGAUGCAAGCGACGAGCAAUCCUGUCCACAGCGUCCCAUUGCACACAUUCCCGUCUUCGCGAACACGGGAGCUUCCUCCCCCGAAUGCGACACCCGCUUCGAGUUUGAAUGUGAACGAGGACAUUGUAUUCCUUCCUCAGCCCGUUGCAACCAUACAUCAGAAUGCAGUAACGGCCGCGACGAACUCAACUGUAUGGGUUGCCAUCACGACCAGUUCCAGUGCAAGAACGAGAGGUGCAUCUACCACACGUGGGUUUGUGAUAAGAAGAACGAUUGUGGUGAUAAUUCUGAUGAGGAGGAAGCACUGUGCAAGACGCGGAAGGGGAAUGCCGACCAGAGCGUUGCAACAAAGAGCGACACUCGUUGCUUCGGGAGCUUCCGCUGUGCAAGCGACGCCAGUGAGUGCAUCCACACAGACAAGGUUUGCAACAACGAGAAGGAUUGCUCCGACGGAAGUGACGAGGGUGGUAUGUGUGAUAAGGGAUGUGAGAGUGCAGGAUGCAGUGAUACUUGUCAAAAAACACCUCAUGGUCCCAAAUGCACAUGUCCCCAAGGCUUCGAGCUGUCAGGUGAUGCUAAGACGUGUGUGGAUAUAGACGAGUGUGCCACGGAGGAGUAUUGCUCGCAGUAUUGUUCCAAUACUCCCGGAGCAUUCCGCUGUUCAUGCAAGGCGCCAGAGUAUGUUCUCAGGGAGAAUGGCAUGAGUUGCAAGGCUAAAGGUGGCGAAAUGCAGUUCAUCUACUCUGUGUACAACGAGAUUCGCACCAUGUCGGGUUGGCACUCCUAUCUGGGCAUCGUUCACUCGGACCCCGACUACAGGGCGCGCGUAGCGGGACUGACAGCCGACGUUGCCCGUAAAUACGUCUACUGGACAACCACCACAAACGACAGUGUCUUCCAGAUAUCUAUGGAUAAUCGCCGAAUGAUAAGGUCAGCCCACAUCAUACGGCCAAGUCGGCUGGCAAUCGACUGGAUCACUGGCAACGUGUACGUAGUGGAGGCAGCCACACAGAUAACCGCUGUCAACUUCGAGAAGCGAACCCACGCCCGGCUUUACAAGAGCGAUCCGGCCAAGGAUAUCGAGGCGUUGGCUGUUGAUCCUGUCACUAGAACAAUGUUCUGGAGCGAGCGUCUAGCACACAAGAUCCAGUUCAGUGCCAUCUACCGAGCAGACACAAGUGGCUCGGGAUUGCUCGAAAUAGUGUCGACCAACUUGAAGCAAGUGUCCGACAUAUUCGUCGACUCGUUUCACGCCCACAUCUACUGGGUCGACAGUCAGACCAGAAAGGUGGAGAGAGCCUCCUUCGACGGGAGUAAUCGGCAAGAGGUGUUUACUAGUCCUGCUGUACCGACGGACAUCACCCUGUUCGAAGACUACAUGUAUGUGUUAGUGCAAGCUGAUUCGGCGUCCGAGAAUAUUGACAUGAUAGAGACAGGCAACGUGUGGAGAUGUGGUCUCUAUGGAGCAGCCUACCAGAAGUGCGAACUAUUUCGCAUUCAUCCCAAGCACUUUACUGUGCCCUAUCACUUCGAAAUUAUGCAUCCUGGGUUGCAGCUCAAAGGUCACAACGACUGCCGAAACUCGACCGACUGCCAAUCAGCCGGCGGCAUGUGUCUUCUCCGCAACCACAAACUCCGCCCGUCCGCCGUAUGCGUCUGCGCAGACGGCACACGCAUGCGCAGAAACAGCAUCUGCGAAGCGUCGUCUGCGACCAUCUUCGACUACGAUGACGUCACCUACCUAACCUCAAACUCGCCGGUGCAAACGUCUUCACUGGGCAGUGCCUUCUGGAUGUUUUUAGCGUUUAUUUUCGUCGUGGUCCCCGUCGUCGGUAUUUUAUGGUUUGUGUAUCGUGGGGGGCCACCCUCUGUACCCCUGAGUCCCCCCCAAUGGAUGCCCGGUUUUUGUGCCCGUCGCUUUCCUUUCCACACGAUUAGGUUCAACUCAAAAUUCGGGAAUAUGGAUGCAGACGAUACCAUCCCGGCGUAUUCGGAUUUCCAGUUUCACCCCUGUCAACUGAACCCUGGGGAACACCAGUACGAAAACCCCAUAGCGGCUAUGCAAGCUGAACAAAAUAGUGGGGCAGCGAUAACUAUCAAAACCAUGAAUGAGAUCGACAUUCAAAUGGGAGAGGAGAAGAAUGGGUGGAUGGCAGGGGGUGGAGAAGGGGGAGAUGAUUCAGACUCGUCGACAGUUGAGAUGCCUGAAGUAAAACUGUUGAAUUUGUGAUCACGUUGAUGCUCCAAUCAUAAAUCAGACACUUAGAAUCAUAAAUUUUGAAUCAUAUUGAUCAUAAAUCAGUUAAGGGGAUGAUUUCGUUUCGUAGACAAUUAAUUAAUUGAAAUGCAUAGUAUGAAGCUGUUGAAUUUGUGAUAAAUUUGAUGCUCCAAACAUAAAUCAGACACUUAAAAUCAUAAAUUUUGAAUCAUAUUAUCAUACGUGAGUCAUCAUUUGAUCAUAAAUAAGUGAAGGGGAUGAUUUAGAUUUGUAGACAGUUGAGAUACCCAAUGUAGAGCUGUUAAAUUUAUGAUUACAUUGCUGGUUCAAUCAUUAAUUAUAUAGACUCUUAAAAUCAUAGAUUUCGAAUUUUGAAUCAUGAAUGAGUCGUAAUUUGAUCAUAGAAGUUGUAAAUAUAUCAAAAUUUCAUCCUAACGCAACCUGCACUCGAAGAAUCACAUAUCAUAAAUAUGAGGAAUAAUUUGAUCAUAAAAGUGUUGUAAAUAUAUCCACAUUUCAUCCUAACGCAACCUGCACUCAAAGAAUCACAUAUCAUAAAUAUGAGGAGUAAUUUGAUCAUAAAAGAGUGAAGAUUUGGCCAAAAUUUCAUCCUACACACAGAAACAAUACUAGCAUCAACUAAGUGUCCACUAGCUGUUACGGGAACACGGAAUUGGAAAUUCCAUCUACAUUUUAGUCCCUGACAUUUCCAAUUCCGAGUUCCCAUAAUAGCUGCUACUAAAGUCCCUGAGAGCAGGCUGCAUAAGAUUUGAUGUGUGACCUAGAAACUUAGCCUUGAAAUAAUUAAUUUCGAAUUACAUCAUGAAUGCGUCAUAGUUUGUUCGUGAAUGAAUUGUAAAUUAGUCAUGAAUGAGUGAGAAAUUCAACUUGUAUGAUAAUAAUCUAAUCAUAAAAGUGUUUUAAUCGAUCUUUAAUGUAGCAACAUUUAAUAUGUCCAAUGUUCUUGUGAAAUUUAUGGUACAGAUGAGUGUUCUGAAAACAUUGUUUUUCAAUCAUGAAUGAGACAGUUUUGAGAUCAUAAAUGAGUCAACACUUGAGAUACCCAGAUGUCUAGUUUUUGAAUUUGUUUUACAGAUUAUACCACUAGCUCUCAUAUUUUAAUUCAUAGAAAAUCAAUUCAUGAAAGUAUUCUGAUUUUCUCUUCCAUGUAGACCUAAGUCAAAAGUCAUGGAUAAAUAUCAUAUCAAGUCAUAGAAUAAUGAAUGCAUUCUAAGUGCCGGUUGCACAAAAGCCGGUUAAAUUUUAAUCCUGACUAAUUUCAUUACAUUUAUUUAUUGUCACAUUACAUCAAUUUUUGAGUAACACUCAUUUGACUGGUGACAUGUCAAUACUAGAACAAAAUUAUAUUUAAAAGACUUAGUUCUAACUUCUUGAAAGUAAAAAGUAAUUCCAGGAGAACCAAUCAGAGAAGCCGUCUUUUUGAAAUUGUCUUCUCCAAUUGGAUCAGGAAUUAAUCAGGAUUAAAAUUCAACCGGCUUUUAACCAUGAGAACCAAUCAGAGAAGCCGUAUCUUUGAAACUGACUUCUCUAAUUGGUUCAUGUGAUAUUAAUCAGGAUUGAAACUAACCGGCUUUUGUGCAACCGGGUCCAACUCUCCAUGUAUUUUAAGUCGAAAGUCAUGAAUAAAUCAACCAUAAAAUCACCCAACGUUUGGUUUUUAAAUAAGUUUAUGUGUUGGUGUUGAAACAUCCUAUACCAUCUUAUAAUGAUGGUGAAGGUAUAUCAUGUAAGAACAUAGAGAUUGCUAUUAUACAAUAGGAAGAAAUAAUAAGGGAACAGCGUGAAUAUUGAUGUUUAGAAAUUGUGAACUGUUAGCAAAAUGAUGAAUUUGGAAAAUAAGGAUUAGAAUAUUCUUUUUGAAAUAUUUUAUACUCCAAUGUUGAUGUGAAUAAAAGAAAUUUAUUGGUAGCAAUAUAAUCAGUAUUAGUGAUGACAUAAGUUUAUUACAUCAGUGCAAUGCAACUAUAGCUAUUAAUCCAUUGGUGAGGUGUUUGGUGAAAAAUAACCGAAUAACUGAGAAUAACCGAAUUAAUGAGAGUAACCGAUUAACAGAAUAAAUAAAAGUAACCGAAUAACUGAUUCACCAAUCGUGUCGCUAAACGUGACCUGAAGGAUAAGUCAGGAACUAUGUAAAUUCAAAAAUUGAAUUCAAUUUUGAUGAAGGGAGUAGAGAUCUUUGGGAAUUACUCUCAUAAAAUAAUCACCACUGAAAAUAUAUUUAUUUAUUCAAUCAUUUAACAUAACAUCACUUCCAGAAAAAUGCCACAGUUUCAAGCCCAAAUCGGCUCCAACUCUAUUUUUUUAAUUUAAUGUUUAUUAUUGUUAUAGUUUUAGAAUAUGUAGGUCUAAGUUAUUUUUUAGUAUCAAAUCCCGUUUGAAAUCAAUUUGUAUAACUUCCAUGAAUAUUUUAUUUCAUGUGGUUAGUUUAAGUUUUCAAUUACCGAAUUGUCAAAGAAUUCGUAAUAAAUGUUUAUUUUUUGUAUUUUGUUUUUUUUAAGUGGAUAAAUUCAUUCAAUCAUUCCUUCAAAUCAGAUGAACAAAAGAGUUUUAAAGUUUUAGAUGAUGAAACGUAGUCUAAAACUCUAGUGAGGUGAUCAGUCAAAUCAAUUAUUAUUAAUAUACUGCCAAAAAUCUUCUUAUGAAGAUACAUAUUACACUGCCAAGAUA